CUACGACUGGAGUGAUACUGCUCCAAUUGAACAAGACGAUGGGCCUGAGCCACUUGCCCAAAUAGCAUAUGAUCCAGAAUAUUCAAAGGCUAUGGGCUAUUUUCGCGCGAUUUCCCAAAAGAAUGAACAUAGCGAAAGAGCUUUAACUCUCACAGAAAAGAUAAUUGAACAUAAUCCUGCACAUUACACUAUUUGGCAAUGGGUCAUCAGAACUUUCAAUCUUUGGGAUAACGAACUAUCUUUUGUUGAAGAUCUGUUAGAAAAAGAUGUACGAAAUAAUUCUGCAUGGAACCAGAGAUAUUUUGCAAUCUUUUAUAAUCCUACCAAACCUAGUGAAGAAUUUUUAAAGAAAGAAGUUGAAAUUAUCGCAAAGUCUAACAUAGAAAUUACUGUAUUGGAAGAGCUUUGUAAAACAUAUUCCCAGUCAGAUACUAUAUCACCACAUGCACUUGGAUGUCUUGUCGACAUUUAUGAAGAUCAUGUCAAGCGUGGUUUGACAGAUAAAAAAGAAUUAGGAAUUAAG